CAACCUCCUCUCUCACCCUCUCCGUUUGCAACAACCGCCCAACGCCAGGUGCCCAGAUCGGCGUCCCUUCCAGCCAUUUUCCGCGUCCUUCGCCGGUGUCGAAGCACCCAUCAGCAGUGUACCUGCUUCAGUUAAUAGUUAUCUGAUAUCUACCCUUGGCCAAAGCAAGCUAUCUAUUGUGCCUGUGAUUUUUGUUGGGAGCUGUCAUAGUUCAGUUUUUGGUAGGAACGGUCACAGCUCUACUCAACUGAAGGCAUGGCUGUAAAAUCUAGUAGAAGUUCAGAUGAAAGCUAUAUAGAGCCUCUCCUAUGCUGGAAGAAGGAAUUCAGAUCAUCUGUAAUUAAAAUUGUUGAUUCGUCCUUAAACUCGAGUUUGAUGUCUGCCGACAGUAUUUGUUCAAUUCCUGCUUCAGAAUAUGGUUUCUAUUUUAAUAAACGAAUGAAGAUGGAUGAGGAAUAUGAUCACCUUCUGACAAAUGGAAAUAUGAAAGAUAGUAGCACGGCAAACUUCACAACCACUGGAUAUGUCUCAUCUCCAGAGCGCAACAUGGAUGGUCAAUCAUGUAUGGUUAGUUCAACUACAGAAUUUUUAGCAGGAUCACAUUCUAAUGUUAAUACUGGUCAGCCAUCAUCCUCAUCAAGUGCACCAUCUUAUAUCAGUCAGAGUAUUAAAGAAGCUUGGGAGUGUUCAUUGCCUGAUACAAAUACUCCAAAACCAUUAACAGAGUUAAUAUCAGCGAGGGACCUUUGCAUCUCCAUCCUCAAAAGGAAAAUAUGUUCCGCCAAAGACUCAGAACUAAGCAGAACAUCAAGUACUAUAGACCGUGAUGAUAAUCUAAACAAUCCUUUAUUUGAAUGCACAAAAUGCGGUCUGAUGGAAGAUCCAUCCAAAAUGUUAAUUUGUGAUUGUUGUGAAGGAGCAUUUCAUUUAUUGUGUUGCAAUCCACAUGUCAAGAAAAUACCAGAGGAAGAGUGGUAUUGUUUGGCAUGUAAAAGAAAGAAACCUAAGAGACAACGUGGAAAGUUUGCAAAUCCCAAAGUUGAAUCAUCCAAGGGCAUUCAAAGACCCCGCCGAGGUCUUGGUCCUAUUCGAGAUAUGUUACUGGAUUCUGAAUCAUAUGAAAGUGGGGUUCGGAUUGGUACUAAGUUUCAAGCAGAAGUUCCAAAAUGGUCUGGUCCUAUUUCUAGUAGAGAAGAUGAGUUUGCUGAGCCCACUGAACUUGAUCGUAGUAAAACGACAAUGCUGAGUUUCGAGGAUAAGAAAACCAGUAUCGGUAACUGGAUCCAGUGCCGGGAAGUUCUAGACACAGGAGUUGUUUGUGGCAAAUGGCGGAGGGCACCAUUGUUUGUUGUUCAAUCAAGUGACUGGGACUGUUCGUGCUCAGUUGUUUGGGAUCCUAUCCAUGCUGAUUGUGCUGUUCCACAGGAAUUGGAGACCGUUAAAGUUCACGAGCAACUGAAGUACAUAAAUAAGGUAUAUUCAUUGUGAUCUUGGAAGUAGUUACGAUUGGCACUUUCUUUGCAUCAUAUGCAAGCUACCGCCUUGGCCCAACAUUUGAACAUGACAAAGGGAACUAACUACAGUUUCUUCGUAUUUUUGACCAGAUAAACCGAUGAGAUGUGCUUUCUCUAAUAAAAUUGAACGCUUCCUAUUUAUGAAAAUGUUACUCACUCUGUCCCAAAAUAUUAGUUUUAGCUCUUGAUUUUUAUGCCUAGGUUUAAAUAGAUGAUGAUGAAUCUAGACACAUGUAAAACAAAUACAUUAAUUAUUGUAUGAAUCAACUAAAAAGGUAAAACAAAUUUUAUUUUGGGAUGGAGGGAGUUUUUUUUGUGAUACCUCACAAUAUAUGAGGACUGUGACUAUUGGUUGGUAAAACUUCAAAAAUAUAGUAUAGAAAGCUGUUUCUUAUCACAGGCAUUAGUAUCACAUAAAUCUAGCUAGUCAAUCCAGAUUUUUUUACACCAGUGAAGUUAGGAUUUUUUGUAUGUCUAAACUUUCUCUUUAUUGGUGCCAUGUAACAAAAUCAAAAUUCGAAUCUAGAAAUAUUUGUUUACACAUGAAGUUUGAAAGUUUUUUUAAUGGAUCUGUCUAAAUUUUCUCUUUAAGUAGUACCAUUUGACAAAAAAUAUUUUUUUAUGUAUAUCUCUCAUCCAGACAUGCCUAUACUUUAUGGUUAACACUGAUAUGCUUAAAUGACAAGAUUAGUCCAAGCACAAACCAGUUUAAUUGACCUUUUUUUAAAUCUUUGUAGCUGAAGAAUCGUCUAGGUGACAGCAAUCAGAAACGCUGAAAAACGUGCGCACCCAUCCUUUCUUGUUUUUUCUAUCCCACUCCUGCGAAGUCUUUUGCUAUCUUUUUGUAGCAGGUUUUGUCUACAGCCUAGAUGAGAAGCAUUCUAUCUCUUUUUUUUUUUUUUUGAAAUAGGGUACUCUUGCUGUCCUGCACCAGUGCUGUCCACAGAUGGGUGUCGAUACCGUGUACCAAUUUUCCUCGGAUGCCUCGGAUGAAGUGAGAGCCAGUAGAUAUGAAAUCCGUGUCUACGCAUGACAUCUUGACACAUAAAAAUGCUCCUUCCAGUCAACCGGCAUACGUUAUACGAGUUUCAGUGUCGUGUGUAAAUAAGAGAAAGAAAAGGCAUUUUAAAAACAAAAGCCAUAGCAAAAGCAAAAAAAGGAGGAGGAGAAGAAAAUACUCGAUGCUGCUGGAGAACUACAACUCGGUGAGAUGGAAACAGAAAGGUCUGGGUUGUAUCAUGAGGUGUAAACUGGGGUGGUGGGCGUGUGGCCGUGUUUGUGUGUGUGUUUACAGUUUUGUCACCUCCGCUGCUUGAAUUAUGAUGACCGAAGAAUGGAUCACAAUGCUAUAGUUUGAUUUCUUUUAC